AUGUCUGUAUAUAGUGGUUUUAGUACUCAUGCACUUGAUAAUGAAUACAAUCAAUGUCUCCUUCAAUUGAUAACAAUCUUGGUUAAAGGUGUUCUCUGCCCUUUCUAUUAAUUAAUUAUAAGAUGACACCAAAUUUGCAGGAAACUUUGGGAAGUUAUAUGGUAAUAUAUAGAAAUUGGAAGAAUAUAAAUAUACACCUCCAAAAUAUUCAAUAGUAUUAAAAGAGUUAAGUGAAUAAAUAGGGAUUAUAUAAAUCAAACAAUCUUUGGUUCCAUAAUAAUACUAUAAAAAAUUCACAUUAUAAAUUGCAAAUCAUUAGCAAAUUAAUAAUUUACUAAAUGUUACUCCAUCCAAAAGACAAACAAAAACAAGUUAUCUGAAGUCAAAUAGAUUAAAAACUGAAGAGUCGGCAUAUAAUAGAGCAAUAGAAAAGAGUUUAAGGUAUAGAGAAUUAGAGUUUUUAUGUUAAUUUGAUUGA